UCUGUGAACUUUGUUUAUGAAUAUUCAAAACGAAGAUUUGAUUCAAAUGAAACUACGGAUUAGGCUGAUAUAAAAUAAUAAAUAUUAUAUCAAGCUUGAAAUGUUGAUGUAUUCAGUUGUAUUGAAUUAAAAGAAAAUUGGCCAUUUAACAUGAUAUCGGAGAACAUCGAGUUUGAAAAACGGAAUUUUGAGCAAAUCGACGAAGUUAUCGAGCUAGCAAAACUAAAGCAAGAUGAGCUUAUGCCUGUUGUACAAACACUUUAUUUCAAUGAUAGCAAUCUACAAUGUGAGAAUCUAAAACUAAUCCAACUUGAUGAUAAUCUCUUGAAAGAUAUCGAAGAAGGUGAAACAUUAGUAUUUAAAGGAGAAAAACAUGAAAAUGUUGUCCUUUGCUCAAAAACUAAAACCUAUGAUAUUUGUGAAACUGAAACCUCUAACAGUUUACUUUUGUUGAGUGGUAUGAAAUUUAGUGAAACAUGUAAAAACUUCAAUGAAAGGACAAUCUCCAAAGCUACAGUACAUGGAAUAUUUUAUGAUUAUUUGGAAGCAGUUCCAGGAAAACCUUAUUUGAGUAAAUUAGAACAAUUAUUGAAUGAAUACAAAUAUAAAGGUCCAGAACAUGAAUAUGAAGUAGAUCAGAGUAAACUGUUAACUUUUGAAGAAUUAGAUAAUAUUGUACAGUGUUCAACCAAGGAAUUACAAGAAACCCUGGAUAAGAUGGAUAUCAUUGUGAUAGACAAUAAAAUUAGAAUGUUAGAUUUCGAGUAUCAUUUUAGAGUUUUAUCUUAUAUGUUAAAAUUAAUAGAUGAAAACUCGUGGGGUUUAGAUGAGAUAAAUUAUGAAAUUACCAUUGAUUCUUUAAAAGACAUCAUACCAGAAGAUGUGGUCAGGAGCAUUUUCGAUAAGUAUACAGAAGAAUCUAAAGUAGAAGGUGGUGAGGUAUUUUACUCAUACAAGGAAAGAGAUAUAUGUGUAUUAUUUGCUAAAGUACUAUUGAGUCAAGCUGAAAAAUUCAACCUAGAAGAGUUCUUUCAAGCUUGGAGAGAGUCUUUACCUGAAGGAAUGUAUGCCGAUGAAGAAAUGUUAUAUGGAAUUGCUAUUAUCGAUAGAAGAACGUCGCCAAACUGUGUUUGGGCAUUUCCUGAAAAUUCCCUACCUGAAAACAUCAACGAGAGAUUCAAAGUUUUGUUUGAAACUAAGGAAAAAUGGACAGUCCCUGAAAUUACUCCAUAUAUAAAGAAAUUAACAACGGAAAAACUAGAUGUCAAUGCCUUAUUGGCCAAGUAUGCAAGGGCUUCAACUCAUGAUGGUAUCAAAUAUUAUGGUGCUAAACAUUCAAAGUGAUGAGAAUGAAAGUUCUAUUGGAGUGAAUAUUUCUUGUGUUCAAA